AUGGCACAGCACUCUCGGCCUCGUCUCUACACAACAACCGGUAACAAAGAGGUCAGCCCGCCGCCAUUGAAGCGAAAAAGAGGCCAAGUAUUGGAUAGCCCCCGUGCCUCGUCAACACUUCAACAGCCAAGAAGCUCUUCUCCAAGCAGAAAUGCGUUCCGUGUGUUCUCGUGGAACAUCAACGGCAUCAACGCCUAUCUGUUGUCCACUCCCUCCACCAGAAAGAUCUUCACAGAAUCCACCAAGACGCAAAAGACCUCGAGUACUGACGCACCGCCAAACAACUAUCGACUGCACACACCUAUAGAACAAGCAUCAUUAGGUUCGCCAUACUCGCUACGAGCGUUCCUUGCCCGCCAUGACUGGCCCGAAGUCCUCUUCCUCCAGGAACUCAAGAUCAAGCUGCAAGACGGACCGGCUCUCCUGUCAGAACUACUCUCUGCUCUGAAUACACCGCUCAAUGCCGCCGACAAUGCGUCUGACGAUCGUACCUACACUCUCGAUGCAGUGCUUCCACGCGACAAGCACAAUGUCAAAGCCUUCGGAGGAAAAAUGUACGGUGUGGGAACAAUAAUGAGGACAGACUUUGCUCGCAAAUGGGUUGCUACUGUGCGGGAGGUUGACUGGGAUAUCGAGGGGAGAGUCAGCGUUGUCGAGAUGAGAGGGGCGCCAGAAGGGCUAGAUGGGAAUGAGUUAACCACGAAACCUCUCGCUCUCCUCAAUGUCUAUGCCGUCAACGGCACAACGCAACCGUACCGUUGCCCCCUAACCGGCGACACCCAUCCCAGCUGCCUGACUCGUCAUGACCGAAAGCUCGCCUUCCAUUCCCUGCUCCGAGACGAAUGCCUAUCCCUGGAAGCUCGCGGAUUCUGUGUGGUCGUCGCAGGCGACGUCAACGUAGCCAGAGGACCUGCUGACGGACACCCCAACCUCCGAACUUUCCCCGAACAACAUUGCUUUGACAGGGCGGAUUUCAACACCAAGUUCUUCGGCGAGGAAGACAAUAAGCGAGCGGGGGCCUACGUCGGAACACAAGACGAAACAAACGAGAAGUGUCUUGAUGCCGUGGAUGUGUUCCGUGCAAAAUAUGGCAUGGAGAAAAGAUACACAUAUUACUCAUACUACGGGGAGUGGGGGAGCAGUUGCGACAGGGUCGAUAUGGUGUUUGUUUCCAAGCAGUUGUGGGACGACGGACGCGUACUUGAUACGGGAAUACUUAAUACGCCUCAGGAGUGCGGUCCGAGUGACCACGUACCGUUUUGGGUGAAGAUCGCUUUGUGA